CUGAACUUUAAUCAAUAAGAAAAAGGCAUGUGAAUAUUCAAUUGCCGCCUAUGAAUUUCGAAAUCAAAAGAAUUUAUUAAAAGAAAUUCGAAAUCAAACUCGAGAAUUCCAAAACCGCAAUCCAGUGCGAGAAAUAGAGAGAGAUGGAUGAAUCAAUAUCAACCUUCUGUAAAACCCUAGCAUGUUUCUGCAAACAUCUUCAAUCCAGUUCUGAUACUCUGAAAGAAUCAGUUGAAAGACGACCUAUUCCUCUCGAUUCGGCAUCAUCAACUUUCAUACAGUGUCUGAAUCGUAGAGUUAAAUCUGCUAGUUCAGAUCUGAAUUUACUCGAAUCUAUGGCGUUUGACACUGUAUCAUUUGAGGAGUUGCUAGGGCACUGUAAUGAACUCUAUAAGAAGAAUCAAGACGAUUUGAUCGAGCUUGAAGAUCGGUUUAAAAGCUUUGGUUACAUUCCUGAAGCUGAAAUUGACGAUGAAGAUGAAGUAAGCGAAUUGAAGACACCACCUGGAUACAAUUCCAAGUUGUUUAAGUCCGACGAAUUGGAUUUAUCAGCUUUCUCUUGUGAACCAAGGUCUAUCAUCAAAAGACUUGAAAAUGACGAUUUAUUUCAGAAAUCCUUAAGCAUACAAAAUAUGGGACUUUCGGAUGCUUGUCUCGCCACCUUAGCCUCUGGAGCCAGAGGUGACAUUGAUAUGCCCUCUUUGAGGAGGCCAAUAAACUUUGAUGAUGCUGAGCUGCCUGGUGCAAAUGGGCGUCAUGAACCUGCAACGGAGGUGUUGGCCAAGGCAGGAGGGGAAUUGGAAGAUAAACCCAAGUCAGUUGGAGGAGCGGCUGCCACUCUUAUAAAAAUAUCAAAGGAUGACUACGAGAGUAAUGUUCCUUCUUACAUGAAAAGUUUAGCAUCAUGGGAGGAUAUGGAAGCAGCUGUAGAUAAGAUGAACUCGUACCUAAGGGAAAAUGAGAAGCCGAAAGAUGGCAACUUAUUUUACCAAGAUGACCUUGCUACUUUGAAUCUGGGGCCAAAAGUGAGAUCUUACAUGCUACUGCUCCUGCGAAUGAACCGUCUUGUUGUUGAGACUGUUGGCGGAUCAAUUGUAUAUCGAGUUCUGUAAAUUUCGAACAGCCGAUUUCAUGAAUUUUGCAGGGCCAAUACUACGUGCUGUUGCUCCUGCGUAUGAAUAGUCUAGUUGUUGUUGAGACUGUCGGCGGAUCAAUUGUAUUUCGUGUGCUGUAAAUUUAUUGCCGUUCUAUGUCGAAACAUUAUAAAGUCAUUUGGUCAACUGUGAAUCAAAGUCACAAAAUUCCAAGUUUUUGGCCCAUAUAUGUGUAUGUUGUGGUGUUUUUUAAAACUUUGAUUUUUAUGAAAUAGAUGGCGAGUCGCUUUUCACUCCGACAUCAGAGACGAGAACA